AGCGGAUGCUGAAAGAGCAACUCUCCAUUUUCUUGAGACACUCUGGACAUUGAAGCCUCACAGUAAUGAACUUAAGCAAGCUAGCUACCUUAGCUAUUAAAGCUAACUGCCCCACAAAACAACCACAAAAGAUUUUAAUCCAAUAAGAACCGCUACCUGGUCCGAACAAGCCUGUGGUCCGAGCACCAAAGCAGAGAAACAGACCAACAAUGGGACAGGACGAUCCAACGAGCUCCCAGCAGGAUCUGUGAGCUCACUGGCCAACUCUUUGAGCUCUGCUCUAUGAUGGAUGUUUGCAACAUGUAGACAAAGGAAAGUACUGUAUGUUAAAUGUCAUGUGUGCAGAGUCCUGCCCACUCUGAGAGCAAAGGUUGUCUCAGGUGAGUUCGGCUUCAUUGUGGAGUUUGAAAUGUCACGGAUGGAAGCAAAGACACUUUCACCUGGUUCUCAAACCCAGCAGUUGGUUUCCAGUUGGUCUCUGAUGUUUCCAGCAGAGUGACAUUAUGGCGACUGCAGCAACAGUGUCAGAUGAUCUGCAGCCUGUGAAGCGGAGCAGGAGCUAUGAAUGGCUGCCACCGAACAUGUCUGAGCUGAGAGUGGUUCUGCUGGGGAACAGCUGGUCUGAGAGGAGUUCAGUGGGUAACUGGAUCCUGGGAGAGACUGUGUUCAACACUGAGGAAGAACCAGACCGCUGUGUGAGAGUCAGAGGACAGGUGAAAGAAAAAAUAGUUCUGAUCAACACCCCAGAUCUGAUGCACGCCAACAUCUCUGAAGACAAACUGACAGAACAUGUGAACAGCUGUGUGAGACUCUCUGCUCCUGGACCUCAUGUGUUCCUGCUGCUUCUACAGUCUGAAGACUUCACUGAAGAAAAGAACACAAAGCUUUGCAGAACCCUUGAAAAGUUCAGUGAUCGAUGGUUUGAUCAUUCACUGAUUCUGAUAUCAGCACCCAGAGAGGAGAGCUCAGGUGUCAUGGAAGAAUACAUGGAACACCCUCCUUUACAAGAAGUGAUCAGAAGAUGUAGCUUUAGAUACCUGAAGAGGAAGAACCUUCAACGUCCAGAGCUGUUAACACGCUUGGGUCAAACUGCAAAGGAGCACAACAGAGAGCCUGUGAGCUGUGAUGCAUUUGAGGAUCCAGGUUUGAUCAUGAUGUCAAAGUGUGAACCCAUCAAACCAGCUUUAAACCUGGUUCUGUGUGGGAGAAGAGGAGCAAGGAAGACUUCAGCAGCCAAGGCCAUUUUAGGUGAGACAGAGUUUCAUUCAGCCUCCAACUCAUCAGAGUGUGUUAAACAUCAGGGAGAGGUGUGUGGACGCUGGCUCUCCCUGGUGGAGCUGCCUGCCCUGUUUGAAAAACCUCAGGAGGAAGUGAUGGAGGAAUCAUUCAGGUGCAUCUCCCUCUGUGAUCCUGAGGGUGUCCAUGCCUUCAUCCUGGUCCUACCUGUGGGUCCCCUCACUGAUGAAGACAAGGGAGAGUUAGAGACCAUCCAGAACACAUUCAGCUCUCGAGUCAAUGACUUCACCAUGAUUCUGUUCACUGUGGAGUCAGACCCUACAGCUCCAGAUGUUGAUAACUUUGUAAAAGAAAACAAGGACAUCCAGGAGCUCCAUCAGAGCUGUGGAGGAAGAUAUGUUGUUCUCAACAUCAAGGACCAGCAGCAGAUCCCACAACUGCUGGAUGCUGUGGAAGAGAUGAGAGUUGAAGAAAGCUUCACACUAAAGAUGUUCACCAAGGCUCAGAUGAAGAAGGUUGUAGAGCAGGAUAACACUAACACAAGACUUAAAGCUGAACUUCAGGAUGUUAAAAAGAAAAGUGAGAAUGGAGAAGAUCAUGAAAGUCAGAACAGAGAGUGUCUCAGGAUGGUGCUGAUUGGGAAGACUCGCAGUGGGAAGAGUGCAACUGGAAACACCAUUCUGGGCCAAGAACGUUUUAAAUCCAGCAAGAAGUCUGUGACCACGACUUGCCAGAAGGCAACAGGAGAGAUUGAUGGACGGCCUGUUAUCGUCGUCGACACCCCCGACUUGAGUGACGAUGAAUUCCAACAAGAGAUUAAAAAAUGCAUCAGCAUGUUGUCUCCUGGACCUCAUGUGAUCUUACUGGUGCUGCAGAUCGGCCGCUUUACACAAGAGGAAAGAAACUCUGUGGAACUGAUCAAGAAAUAUUUUGGCAAGAAGUCUGGAGAUUUCAUCAUCAUUAUAUUCACCAGAGGAGAAGAACUGGACGAUGAGUCAUUCGAGAGUCAAGUGGAAGCUUGUGGUGGCUUUGUUAAACAACUGAUAAAUGACUGUGGAGGGAGAUUCCAGGUCUUCAAUAACAAAGACGACACAAAACACACACAAGUCAGAGAGCUGCUGACCAAGAUUGAGACCAUGGUGAAUGAAAAUGGCGGCUGCUGCGACACUGAGGUGUUUGACAACACAGAGGGAUACACAAAAACACAAGUGGAGAAGCUUUUGAGCGAAGAAGAAGAGACGAAGGACCUCCGGAGAAAACAUGACAAAGAUUUAAAAACACUGACAAGCAAAAUCCAAGAAGAGAGAAAACUGAGAGAAAAACUGCUGAAGGACAAAGACCAAAGCAUUAACAAGGAGCGUGAGGAGAGAAAGAAAGAACGGGAGGAAGUUGAAAGGAAACGGAAAAAACACGAAGAAACUCUGCGACAGGACUGCAAAAGAAAACUGGAAGCUUCAGAGAAAAUAGUUCAUUCAGAAAGAGAGCAAAAUGAAAGUUCUGCAAAGAAACAUGAGCUGCUAAGAAAAGAGAUGAAGAGAGAUCGAGACGCCUGGGAUAAAGAGAGGAAGGACAUCUGGGAACGAAGACAUCAGGAGGACAAAGACAGUCUGGAGGAAGAGAAAACAAAGUUUAAAAAGCUCCAAGAGGAGUACCAUUGGAAGAGAAGAAAAUAUUCAUAUUCUGUAGUGCUGCUGUUGUUGUUUGUAUUGUUUCUAUUAUGUUAUAUAUUUCUCAGAUAGGCACACACAUAAUCAAAGCCUCCACACAGAACAGGAGGACUGGUCAUCUGAAAACUGAUGACUUUGUAAAACAACUGAUAAAUGACUGUGGAGGGAGACACCAGGUCUUAAUAACAAAAGGUUACAUUAUUUGAUAUUCCAAAAGGAAGAGGAAGCCAUAAGAAGUGCAUCCAGAAACAUUUUGGCAAAAAGUCUGGAGAUUUCAUCGUUGUAUAGGAUAAUGGUGGCUGCUGUAACACUGAGGUGUUCCAAUGUUCAAAGGAAGCAAUUCAAACAUGUCCUGAUAAAGGAACAUGUAUACAGUCACAUAAUAUCAACAAAAGAUGAAGAAGCUCAGCAGAUGAAGGUUAAACUAGAAGCUGAAGAUGGAACUGAGGGCUAAAACACAAUAUUGUUUGUAUAUUAUUACAGUAAAGACUUUUGCAAGUUACAGAAGUCGUCUGUAUCGAGUUCUCUGCUUUCUACUCAGUGUAGAAAUCACUCAGUGGCUUCAUGUAGUCAUCACAGGAAGUGUGUUCAUGUUUCACACAAGUUCAUGGACUUUGUGCUAAUAAUUAAUUAAUUAAUUACUUAAUGGCUAAUUAGAAACUUUGAAAUGUCAGUAAUCAGCCAGUCACUGCCACUACUUCACAUGUACUUGUAUGUGUCAUACUUUGUUUGUUUUAAAUAUAUAUCUUACAAUAUUUAGAGCAUGUGCUGCCACAGCAGACUCCCUGUCUAUGAGCUGCAGCCUGAAAGUACAUCAUAUAUGAUUCUUAUUCCUCGUAUAAUCAUAUCAUUCCUUUUAAUAUCAUAAUGUGUAGAGUGUAUUAUUGGUUCAAUACAUAAA